AUGAAAAUCGGAAUUGUAGGCAGACCACAGGUCGGAAAAACGACAGUGUUUAAUAUCUUAGCUCAAUCCAACGCAGAAAUUGGGGGCUACACCAGCCGUGGGCAAAUAAACCUGAGUACUGCCAACGUCCCAGACGAACGCUUGGCACAGAUAACAAAGAUAUCCGAAUCUAAAAAAACAACGCCCGCUACAAUUGACUACGUAGACGUUGCCGGGGUAACCAAAACGGAUAUGGAACAAGCGGAGUUAGAUUCUGGAAUGCUCUCAGAACUCCGCACAGUCGAUGCCCUUGCACAUGUGGUCAGGCUUUUUGAAGACGAAACGGUUCCACACGUUGACGGAAACGUUGACGCAGAACGCGAUAUUGAAAGCGUCGCCCUUGAGUUCGCAUUGGCAGAUUUUCAGAUCGUUGAAGGUAGACUUACCCGACUCCGUAAGCAAUUUCAAAAUCAGAAACUUCCGGAACAGCUAAGUGAAAUUAAACUUUUAGAGGCGUGUCAGAAGACCUUAGAAGCUGGAAAACCGCUCCGAAUCCUCGAUCUAUCUGCCAAUGAAGAGAAGUUGAUACGCGGUUACGGGUUUUUGACACAGAAACCGUUGUUGUUAGUCUGCAAUAUCGGUGAAACACAACUGGACGCGGCUGACUGA